UAUCGUGGAACGAAUAUAGCCAGCGCCGGUCAGCUGCCCUUCAGUGCCCGACCUUCGCCCGCGCCGUCACUGCCGAGUUUGACGACAUACAACUGGGGCUUCUCAGCGCUUUCUUAGACGACAUGGAGAGCGAGUCAACCUUUGUCGCUCCCGAAGGCGUGUACUCUGUGACCGAGGAGCACAGACCAGCCGGAGCUGGUCAACAUACCGUGAAUGCGGUUCCCAUCUUGUUCCCAACUCGAGUUUCCGCGUUCACAAUUCGGUACCCUGCCAAGUCCACGAACUCUCCGGUAUUUUCGCAGCUGCUGAGCGGUGGGCGCGAGAAGGAGUAUAAGAAAGAGAAGAAUGCAGCAACCAACCAGGGCUUGAAGGAACGAGAAGACGGGGCAAGCGUAUCGAGUAGCGAGGAUCCUGAUGAUGCAUCUCCCGAUGUCUCAACGGCUCCUGGUCCCGAGAACAUAAGGUCAUCUCCGGUCAUUGCCCACGACUCGCCAAACACCAUCUUCUCACACGCUCUUGGAGGAAAGAAGAAGGCAGCGGCGAAGCCUCGACAUAGCUUGAAGGCAACUUCCUCCACGUUCAUCACCCGUCUGCAGAAUGCAGACAAUGCGCAGAAGAGUCUGCAAUCAAGACAAGGAGACGCAACCUUUCUGUUCUUUAACUCGGCGAAGAGCUUCAUUUUGACGGAGGCGGGUACCAAAGUGAAGGAACCACUGGCGCGAAUACACUUCGCUGCACACCCUACCUGUCAUGAUGUCAAUCUGACGACUCUCUCUCCCGACAACAUCGAUGUGAUCAUUGGGUUCAACACUGGAGACAUACUGUGGUUUGAUCCUACAAGUUGGCGCUACUGUCGGCUGAACAAGCAGGGCCGCAUCUGCAACUCACCAUGUACAGCAAUACGCUGGGUGCCAGAUUCUCCGAAUCUCUUGCUCGUCUCUCAUGCGAACGGGGCAAUCAUCGUGUAUGACAAAGAGCGAGAAGAUGGUACUUUCUGUCCACAAGAACCUGGGCCGUCGAGUCGCUCCCCGGGCUCCCCGGGUGACGGAACACCACCUACUUCUCUGCCAGGUGAAUGGGAUCCCUUUGACAGUAUAUUUGUCACGAUGCCUCCUUGGCAUCCCGUCACGGCCGGGGUCGGCCUUAGUGGAGGGGGCAAGCCCGACAAAGAUAAGACCGCUAAGAACCCAGUUAGCCACUGGAGGGUGUCGCGUAGAAGCAUAGUAGACUUCGUAUUCUCCCCGGACUCCAAAUUUGUUGCGGCAAUAUCUGAAGAUGGCUGUUUGCGAGUCAUCGACACCGUUGCUGAACAACUCGUUGACUGCUAUGCGUCGUAUUUCGGUGCACUGACUUGUGUCGCGUGGUCUCCUGAUGGUCGGUUUAUCUUGACUGGCGGCCAAGACGAUUUAGUAACCAUCAUCUCUCCCUGGGAACAACGAGUUAUUGCGAGAUGCCAAGGCCACUCCUCGUUCCUUUCUGCAGUCGCCUUUGAUGCCAUACGCUGCGAUGGCCGCACGUACCGUUUUGGUAGCGUGGGCGAGGACAACAAGCUAAUCUUGUGGGAUUUCUCAAGCGGUGCACUGCACCGACCAAAGAUCCAUGCUGCUCAUCAACAACGCAUGUCCAUGAUAUCUUCGGUCUCCCUCGCUUAUCGACGUCGGGGGAACUCGACUGUAUUCCUUUCCGCCCCAGGUGGUUCUCUCGCGGACUCAUCCUUACCACGCUACCACCCCGCUCCCUCCCGAAAUGAAGUCGCUAUCGUUCAGCCCGUUCUGGUAAAGCACAUCGGAAGCGACAUGUUAACGGAUGUCAUGUUCAUCUCCCGCGGUAUACUCACCGCUACUCGGUAUGGGCUGAUCAAACUUUGGAUUAGACCUCUAGCUGUGAAGCCUCGCCAAAUGAGAAGUCAAAGCAUAUAUCGCAGAGGCUCGGCAGUUGACGUGAUCGCAUAGUACUGAUUAGUGUAUUCCCUUGCUAAAUGCUGUAGAUUACUGAUGAAUUGGCAUUCUCUGUUUAUAUUGCAC